GCGAGUGCAGCAAGCGCCUUGGCGAUCAUCGGCGCGGGCUGGGCCGGGCUGGGCGCUGCGCACCACCUGUCCAAGCAGCCCGGGCUGGACGUGCUGCUGGUGGACGCCGCCCCGUCCGGCAAGGACGUGGAGGUGGGCAUCCACGGCAUGUGGCGCCCGUACUUCAACAUCUUCGACCUGGUCCACAACCAGCUGCGCCUGGACCCGUUCACGGACUGGACGCGCUCGUCGCAGCGCUCGCCCAAGGGAAAGGUCGUCGAGAGCCCCAUCUUCAACGACCUACCCCGCCUCCCCGCCCCCAUGGGCACGUUUGUGUACACCAAGUUCCUCGACCUUCCGCUGGUCGACCGCCUCUCCGCGCUGCCGUUGCUUGAAGCCGUCGUGCAGUGGGAUAACUCCGACCGCGCGUGGCGCAAGUUCGACAAAAUGACCGCAAAGGAGCUUUUCAGGUACUACGGCUGCUCAGAGCGCGUCUACAAAGAGGCGUUUGAGCCCAUGCUGCUCGUCGGGCUGUUCGCUCCAGGUGAGCAGUGCAGUGCCGCGGGCGCUCUGGGGAUGCUGUAUUUCUUCAUCUUGGCGCAUCAGGCUGAUUUUGACGUCGUGUGGCCACGCGGGACCGUCGGCACCAUGAUCUUUGCGCCGCUGGUGGAGAGGAUCAAGGCGAACGGUGCGGAGAUCCGCACAUCGACGAGGCUGGCCGACGUGCGCGUGGAGGGCGAUCGCGUGACGGCCGUCGUGACCAAGGGCGCAGACGGAAGGGACGUCGAGGAGGAGGUGGAUGCCGUCGUGUUCUCCGUAGGGAUCAGCGGGAUCCAAGGGAUUUUGAAGGGGAGCAAGACAUUGGCGGCGAGGGAGGAGUUUCGCAACACGAGCAACUUGACUAGUAUUGAUGUCAUGGCCGUGCGCUUGUACUUUGAUAGGAAGGUGCGCGUGGAGUUUGCGUCCAAUGCGUGCUUUGGGUUUGAUUCGUCUACAGGCUGGACUUAUUUCGACCUCAACAAUGUGCAUGACGAGUUUCGCCGGGCGGAAAAGACCGUCAUUGAGGCCGAUUUUUAUCACAGUAAUCAGCUCAUGCCGAUGCGGGAUGAGGAUAUCGCCGAGGAGGUGAGGAGGAGGCUCUGCGUGGCGGAGGGGAGCUUUAAAGGGGCCAUCGUUGAGGACUUUGUUGUAGUCAGGGUGCCGAGAGGGGUUACGCAUUUCCGACCUGGCUCAUACCAGGACUUUAUGGAUUGCAACACGUCCUUGGAAAAUGUCCAUAUGUCGGGAGGUACGAUUCGAACGCUGCACGGCAGUUUCAGCCAGGAAAAGGCGCUCGUCACUGGCUAUGAGGCCGCAAAUGCCACCCUCGAUUACUUGCGAUUUGCCCCAGAAAGUCACGCAAAGAUCAUACCAGUCGAGGAGGACGAGGCACACAUAGUAGCAGCAAGGAAGGCGUACCGCGCAUUGGAGACAGUUCGGGACCGGAUCAACCCGCUGUCCGAAUUUUUCAUGGCCUAAAAGGGUAGAGCGGUUGGCACAACAUUCUUGUAACGUAAACCUCCAAACACGCGCAUACAUUGACUGUGUAAAUUGGAUCAAAGAACGGUAGAUACUCGGCGAUUGUUGCCGUCAGAAGAGGAUUGUUAUUUUAAAUGGUAGAUUUCAAAUCCUUUAGCAGAUCGCCGUAUAGACUGACCGUGUCAUCAAGGGCUUUCUUGCCUUGCUUGACGAGCGAGUCCUUGUUCUCCGUCAGUUCUGUAAAAUUCACAGAGUAUAACUGAAAGUCUAUGGAUGAUAUGCCAUUGAGGACACCAUUCCAUUCCUCCUCGAGUCGGUCAAUGAGAUCAAAAUCGGGAGAGGUUUGAGAUACGAUCUGCCACGACUUGAGAAAAGUUUUUCGAAUGUUGAACAGUGGGCUCUUGACUCCAACAGUGCCUAAAACGCGCCGUACCACAUCUCCAUCAUAGUUUUUUGUUUUUGCCUCCCAUUCUCGCUGGAGCUCCACGAGCGCAUCAUAGCCAGCUUGUAUUUGAGGCAUGUAUCUAUGAGCAGAAGGAGAAAAUUUGUUAGAGCACUUGUAGUGACUUAGUUUGAUAUCAUUUUGUGGUGCUGGCGCUUACGUUUCAACCUUGUUGGGAUCUCCACUCGUGUUGUACGAUGGUGCCGUCGUGUCUGACGAGUACAUGGCAGCUAACGCGGAGUGUGGCAAUGGUGCUGCCAACACCAGCGAGGUUACCGCUAAAUGGAGUACGCUUCGCCUAUCAACGACCGACAUUUUUACACACGUUGAGGCGGACCGUUCGAGACCGUCCCGCAUCAAAGCUCGUUGUGACGGUCGACGCAAGAUAGGCUGUGGAACAAAGGCCAUGGUUCUUGCAAAAAUAGGCGACGCUUGAAGUGGAGAGCACUCUUCGGGGAUGUCACAGUUCCUCUUGCUCGGUUCGACGGCACCGUAUUCCCCCGUUCCACGCUGACUCGGGCAAAUUGUUCAAGAAUCGAUUCUGCUUGAAGGUCAACCCACGACUGCAAAGCUCAGUUAUGUAUGGAGAAACUGGAGAAAAGACUCUACGUCUGUUUCGUACAUAAACCCUUCUACGGUAGCAAGUCAACCGCCUGACCUUCGUUGAUAUGGGCAUCAGACACGUGUGACGUUGAGAUCGCAUGGGCUGUGCACCAUUGGUUCUGACCAAAUCUUUUUUAUUGGCGAAAAAAAGUGGCUGAUUUGAAAGUUUCGCCAUUUUCAGACAAAAAAAACUGACUCUGAAAGCCUGAAAGUGUGGACGUUACCCAUCCAAUCACCGGACUUUGGGUCCCCCUGGUGACGUCACCCCGCUUUACGCCCUUGGGCGAACUACGUAGAAAACGUUUUCCACAUGACUGCACUUCCGCAACACCGACCUUGGCACAAACCUUGCAAAGACAAUCACCGUGUAACGUCAAACAUUCGCGGAGCAGCCGCUGGUGAAAUCAACUCCGCCAUUUGCACAAUUUCCCGUCUAACUAGUUGCAUCCUCCUAUCCAACGAGGCACAGGUGUAGAACGAAAGACUCGUGUAUUUUCGUUUUCCCCGGGGAACAUCCCGACAGCACCUACACAAGCAAGAGAACACCAACAGAGUAUGAUGAACAGUUUAGAUAACCCUAAUCCUGAAGUCAAGGUGCUCACCCGUACAAACUCCAAGCCAUCCUCAGAACAGUCGUUCAAAGAAAGGAUCUUCGAUAUAAUCCGGGACAUCCGCGAUCCAGAGCACCCACACUCGCUCGAGGAGUUAUCCGUCAUCGACAUAGACAGCAUUUCAGUUGUAGAGCCGAUCGACGACAGCCCCGGAUACGGAACUGUAUCAAUUCACUUUACCCCUACCGUUCCGCACUGUUCGCUGGGCUCCAUCAUCGGGCUUAGCAUUCAGACAAAGCUGUCCGAGAGCAACCUUCUCAAACCUCGUGGAGAACACUACUACAAGCUACGCGUCACAUGCGCCGACGGUGCGCACGUCAACGCCGAGGAUAUCAGCAGACAGCUCACCGAUAAGGAACGCAUCGCAGCCGCGUCGGAGAACCCCCGUAUCAUGGGCCUCAUACGAGCAUGCACAGAUAACCUGCCGUCGUGAAUAGGCACUUCGCUGCUCGCCGCUUGGAUCGGAGGUGACAACUCCCGCUCGAUAUGGUAAACUAGAUCCUUGUCCAGACUUUUAA